AUGGCGCAACCUCAAAAACCGCCAAAUCUCGAUCCGAAUCACGUCUACAUCCAUAUUACCUCCCCCUCGUCCCCGUCAACGAUCGCAGACUCGCUCGCUCCUGCGACUGGCGAUAACUCGCUCAAGUAUAUCGGACAGGGAGCACCUGUUAAGCGGGAUACAGAAGGUGGAGCUGGAGCCGGGAGUGGGGUGGUUACUGCGCUCAAAGGGGUGGAGGGGGUCAAGGGGGCGAAGGUGCUGGAGGUGAAGCAGAGAGCGAAAAGAGGUGGGGAGUUCUGA